CUCCAGUUCCACGUCGCCUUGGAUCUUCCACUUCCACAUCAAACCCACGGCGCCUCCUCCCAUCCCGCCUUCCCACCCUGCAACCUUCAAUUGCCAUCCGCUUUAGGUUCUCGCCUGACGUGCACUUUUUUCGGACAACGACACCGCGUUUUUUUCCCUCAAGGAUUGAACUAUAGUCCUUCGACCUUUCCCCAAUACGCGACCAGCUAUCUCGCUGAUUGUCGAGCCUCUCCUGAUCCUCCAAGCUUCUCAUCCGACAGACAGCCUUGAGGUUCUCUGUUUUCCCUUGCGCAUCAGCCUCACCAUUGGUUUUUCCCUCGCAUCUAAGAAACGACACCCCCAACUAUCAACAACAUGUCUGCUGAGGAGGAUCUCAUCGACUACUCCGACGAGGAGCUUCAGACCAACGAGACGGCCGCCGCCUCCAACGGAAAGAAGGCUGACGCCGCCGCUGGCAACAAUGUCGACAAGAAGGGCAGCUAUGUCGGCAUCCACUCGACCGGUUUCCGCGACUUCCUCUUGAAGCCCGAGCUUCUCCGCGCUAUUGGCGAUUGCGGUUUCGAGCAUCCUUCGGAGGUCCAACAAACCUGCAUUCCCCAGGCUCUCCUCGGUGGAGAUAUUAUCUGUCAGGCCAAGUCUGGUCUCGGAAAGACGGCCGUCUUUGUCUUGACGACCCUCCAGCAAGUUGAGCCUGUCCAGGGCGAGGUCUCCGUGUUGGUUAUGUGCCACACUCGUGAGCUCGCUUUCCAGAUUCGCAACGAGUACAACCGCUUCAGCAAGUACAUGCCCGACAUCAAGACCGGCGUGUUCUACGGUGGCACUCCCAUUCAGAAGGACGUUGAGACGAUCAAGAACAAGGAGACCUGCCCUCACAUCAUCGUGGGCACCCCUGGCCGACUUAACGCGUUGGUUCGCGACAAGGUUCUCCGCCUCGGCAGCGUCCGCAUCUUCGUUCUUGACGAGUGCGACAAGAUGCUCGACCAGAUCGACAUGCGCCGUGACGUCCAGGAGAUCUUCCGCGCCACCCCCACCCAGAAGCAGGUCAUGAUGUUCUCGGCCACUCUGUCUGACGAGAUCAAGCCUAUCUGCCGAAAGUUCAUGCAGAACCCUACUGAGCACUACGUUGACGAGGACACCAAGCUCACCCUGCAUGGUCUGCAGCAAUACUACAUCAAGCUCGAGGAGCGCGAGAAGAACCGCAAGCUCAACGAGCUUCUGGACGACCUCCAGUUCAACCAAGUCAUCAUCUUUGUCAAGAGCACGCUGCGCGCGACCGAGCUGGACAAGUUGCUGAGAGAGUGCAACUUCCCCUCCAUCGCCGUCCACUCCGGCGUCAGCCAGGAGGAGCGUAUCCGCCGUUACAAGGAGUUCAAGGAGUUCAACAAGCGCAUCUGCGUUGCCACCGACGUCUUUGGCAGAGGUAUCGACAUUGAGCGCAUCAACUUGGCCAUCAACUACGAUCUGCCCGCCGAUGCCGACUCCUACCUGCACAGAGUCGGUCGUGCUGGCCGUUUCGGUACCAAGGGUCUUGCCAUCUCCUUUGUGAGCACCGACCAGGACCAGGAGGUUCUCAAGGCCAUCGAGAAGCGCUUUGAGGUUGCUCUUCCUGAGUUCCCCAAGGAGGGUAUCGACGCCAGCACCUACAUGGCCUCUUAAGCAGAUCAUGCGGCUGUUCGGCAGAACGUUCUCUGCCGGUGUCUUUUCUUCCACUGGUUCUGGUUUCGGGAAUUUGCAAAAUUUUGGACGUGGGUGACGCGCGAGGAAUGCGGUCGCCCGGAAAAGAGAAAUGGGGACUGCUCCGGGCAAAUGAGAGAAAGUCUAUCAGCCUCGGAAGAGGCCUCUUGUUAUUUGUACAGAGUAGUUUGUCACAGGGAAAUCAAGACUGGAUCACCACGCUCAAUCCUACC